CCCAAAAAAAACAUACAAGCAGGCUAGAGUCUGAUCAAACGGUUUGGGUACCUAUUGGAAAGGACGACAGCGCCAGCCAUAGGAAGCAUGAAACAAACCCAUCACCCCCUCCUAUCCUCGAGUUCUGGUAAUACAGAUGCCGUGUAGGCAACCAGCAGCGCAACCAAACGCAACUCUCACCUGAUCACCGCAUCAUCUUACCUCCACUGCCACCUACCGAAGGACUGCUAAUCAUUCCUCUCGUUGCUUCGCUCGCAGAUUUCGUUCCCCUCCCACCAAAAUUUUGCAUCUCAACCUUUUCUGGUGGGUUGAUAUUCACGUUUCUUUGCGGCUGGCUUCAGUCUUUUGGCAUUUCUUCUCAAAUACCUCAUUCCCGCAUCCUGCUCAGAACGAAAACCCUGGGGACUUAACUUAUAGUUGUGCACAAGCUGUGCGGAUGGAUAUCAUAUUUUAGCUGAGAUUCAAUUUCUCAGUCCCUUUCUGUUCAUAAUGGCAGUUGCUAGAAGAACCGCCAUGGCAUUUAAAACUUACCAAAAUCAUGCAGAGACAUUGGUUAAGAACUAUGUGCUAUCUGACCCUUUUAUACCAUACACUUCAAUCUUUAGUGGCAUAUUUGCAGGCAAAAUGGUCUAUGAUCUAUCUCAGUUGAUCAGUGCAUUUUACUUCAGGAGUUAUAGUAGCCUUACAAAGAUUCAACGGACUGAAUGGAACAACCGUGCUAUGUCAACCAUCCAUGCCAUCUUCAUUUCUGUUAUGUCUUUGUACUAUGUCUUCUUGUCCGAUCUUUUCUCAGAGCACCAUCCAGAUGGUCUUUUGACAUUCCAAAGUUCAUCAAUGUCAACUUUUACACUAGGGGUCUCUGUUGGGUACUUUAUUUCAGAUCUUGGAAUGAUUUGCUGGCUUUAUCCUGCUUUAGGUGGAGUAGAGUAUGUUGUUCAUCACGCUCUUUCAGGAAUCGCUGUUGCGUAUUCCAUGAUUACUGGAGAAGGGCAACUAUAUACUUUCAUGGUGCUCAUAUCUGAGAUAACAACUCCAGAGAUCAACUUACGAUGGUAUCUUGACACAGCUGGAUUAAAGAGAUCAAGCGCGUAUUUGAUUAAUGGUGUUGUGAUAUUUGUUGUCUGGUUGGUCGCCAGGAUUUUGUUGUUCGUUUACAUGUUUUAUCAUGUUUACAACCACUAUGAUCAGGUCAUCCAGAUGCAUCCCUUUGGAUAUCUUCUGGUAUUUGUAGUGCCAGCAAUCCUAGGCUUAAUGAACUUGAUGUGGUUCGGGAAAAUUGUUAAGGGGUUGAUGAAGACCCUGUUAAAGACACGUUAAAUGAACUGCUUGGACGUAUGAUUUCUUUCAUUUCUCGUCUCGUUCUUGUGUUUAUACACACUUCCCUAGCACGCUUUUAUAUAGUGUACAAAAUACAAAGUAGUUGGCAAAUUAUGAGAGUAGGUGGGAUUCUAGAUAAAUAGACUGGAAGUAUAUGCAAGACACAUGCUGUUGUCUGUAACUACAGGGGAUCAAUAGAAAUGGUAAAUGGCUCCUCUUUCUAGGUGCACUUAUUUUGUGUAAAUGAAAGCUUGAGCAGCAGAGUUGAGAACUGCACUAUUAGUGCAGUUUUUUUGCAGUAUUUUUUGAAUUUAUCUUGUCC